AGAGGCGUGGAGCUGUGCAAAUACCGGGGUCGCUCAGGAGAGCUGCGAUUCUGCGACCGUCGCAAUGAUGGACCAGGUGCGAGAGUUGCUCUCCGCGUCAGAGCUGGACAUGCGGGCCGCUCUGCGGCUCUUGGCGGCGGCUUUCUGUGGUGCGGGGACAGUAGUGGCGCUGGUGCGGAGGGUCAUCAGCCGGAGGGAGACCGAGAAAAAGAUCCAGAGCGCCAGAGACAGGAGAGCCAGGGGUCUGCAGCGGUCGCAGGAGAAUGUCAUCCGGUACAAGGAGACGCAUCCAAACAAAGACUUUGCUUUCAUUCUGAGUUUGUCGCUGUCAGAGUUGACAGAAGCGCUCCAGGGAGGCUCCCUGACCCCCGAGGAUGUGUUCUAUGCAUACAUGGAGAAGAUGCUGGAUGUGAACAGGAAGACAAACUGCAUCACAGAAGUUGUGGUGGAAAGUUUCGAUCAGCUGAAAUCUUUGGACUCGUACAAGGACGGCCUGCUGUACGGAGUUCCAGUCAGCAUCAAAGAAAACAUUGCCAUCAAAAACUAUGACUGCACCUGUGGGGUGAUGAAGAACCUGGGACAACCACUGGCAGCUGAUGGUUUGUUUGUUGAAGUCCUGAAGAGACAAGGCGCCAUUCCAUUUGUCAAAACCAACGUGCCCCAGAGCCUGCUAAAUUACGAGUGUAGUAAUCCCAUCUUCGGGAUCACCCUGAAUCCACUGAAUCCUAAAAAGACCUGUGGAGGUUCCUCUGGUGGAGAGGGAGCCCUUAUUGCUGGAGGAGGCUCUGUCCUGGGUAUCGGCACAGACAUUGGUGGUAGUAUUCGGAUCCCUGCUGCCUUCUGUGGGCUGUGUGGCCUGAAGCCAACCUCAGGCCGCCUCAGUCUACAAGGGACCGUCUCCUUAUACAGAGGGCAAAAGUCAUUGUUUGCAUCAGCUGGACCCAUGGCCAAGGACGUGGACAGUCUGGCUCUGUGCAUGAGGGCUCUGCUUUCGGACCACAUGUUUGGGCUGGACCCCACAGUUCCUCCCAUGCCUUUCAAUGAGCAGAUCUACCUCAGCCGCUCCCGUCUGAGGAUUGGUUAUUUCGAAAGCGACGGAUAUUCUCAACCUUCUCCUAGCAUGGCUCGCGCCGUCCGAGAGGUGAAAGCCCUUCUGGAGCAGGCGGGACACACACUGGUUCCUUACACUCACCUGAACCUGCACGAGGCCUUCCCAAAUCUCAUGGUGAAGAGUGUUGUCGCAGAUGGAGCCUUCACUCUGAAGAAGUCACUGCAGGGCAGCCCCCUGGACCCUACUCUCCGACCUCAAGUGGCCCCCUACUUCCUGCCCCUCUGGCUGCGGAGCAUCAUUGCAUUCCUCCUGAAGCCUCUGUUCCCAAGAGGAGCGUCGUUUCUCAAGGCCAGCCUCGGCACAGGAAGCGUUGAGGCUCUUUGGAGGCUCCAUGCGGAAAAUGAGGAUUACAUCAGAGAUACCAUUGCUCAGUGGAGAAGGAGCAACAUUGACGUGCUGCUGUGCCCCAUGAUUGGACCGGCCUACAACCACAUGUACCCUGGCAGGCUCACCAGUGUUCUUCCGUACACAUGCAUAUUCAACCUCCUCAACUUUCCUGCUGGCGUCGUUCCUGUUACCACAGUGACGGCUGAGGAUGAGGAGGAGCUGCGACAUUUUAAGGGCUAUUUUCAGGAUCGCUUUGAUAAACUCUUUAAAGAGGCCGUGUCUGGAGGUGUGGGGUUACCAGUCGCCGUCCAGUGUGUGGCUCUGCCCUGGCAGGAGGAGCUGUGCCUCCGCUUCAUGAAGGAAGUGGAACAGCUGGUGAAACAAGUGAAGCUAAAUGUCCCUUCAAAACCAGGCCACCACCAGGAAUGUGUUUAGAAUCAAUCUUGGAUCAUUUAAAUGUAGCACCGGAAGUAAGGGUCUCUGCUUUUUUGUUGACUAACUUAAAUUAGUUCAAUAAUUUAAUAUUUAUAAAUCGACAUGUUGUUUACCUUUAGCUUGUACAUAUAAACCUGCUAAUAAAAC